UUCCUCAUCCACACAUGGCUGGAUUAACCAGUGCUUGCUAAUAUUUUUGUUGUUUAAAUUAACUCAACUGCUUUUCAAAGCGUGUUUGUACUUUACUCAGCUACCAAAUGAAAGUUAAACUCCUCUCGAGGAACCCGGAUGACUAUGUCCGGGAAACAAAGCUAGAUAUUCAGCGUGUCCCUAGAAACUAUGACCCAACUCUGCAUCCGUUUGAGGUGAGCAGAGAGUACACCCGGGCUCUAAAUGCCACUAAGCUGGAGAGGGUGUUUGCCAAGCCUUUCCUGGCCUCACUGGAUGGACACAGGGAUGGUGUAAACUGCAUGGCCAAGCACACCAAGAGCCUAUCCACCUUGUUUUCCGGUUCAUGUGAUGGAGAGGUGAAAGUGUGGGAUCUGACCAAACACGAAUGUGUCCGCACGCUCCAAGCACAUGAAGGGUUUGUUCGGGGAAUGGUUGUCCGCUAUUGUGGAACUUCUUUUUUUACGGUUGGUGAUGACAAAACAAUCAAGCAGUGGAAAAUGGAGGCACCAGGUUACGGAGAGGAAGAAGAGCCACUCAACACUAUUCUAGGCAAGACUGUGUUCACAGGACUGGACCAUCAUCAGAAGGAGGGUGUGUUUGCAACAUGUGGCCAGCAGGUGGACAUCUGGGACGAGCAGAGGAGUAGCCCAGUCCGUUCUUUCACCUGGGGCGUAGACAGCUUCAGCUCUGUCCGCUUCAACCCUGUGGAGACUGAACUUCUCGCAAGCUGUGCCUCUGACAGAAGUAUAGUGCUGUAUGACAUGAGAGAAUCUGCACCACUCAAAAAGGUUAUCAUGACAAUGAGGAGCAACACAUUAUGCUGGAACCCUAUGGAAGCAUAUUACUUCACAUGCUCAAAUGAGGACUACAACCUCUACACAUACGACAUGAGGCAUCUGGACCGGCCAAUCACAGUGCACAUGGACCAUGUCUCUGCAGUACUGGACCUUGACUACUCUCCCACUGGCAAAGAGUUUGUAUCUGCCAGUUUUGACAAGACCAUCCGCAUCUUCCCCAAGGACGGCGGCCACAGCAGGGAAGUCUACCACACCAAACGCAUGCAGCAUGUCAUCUGCAUUAAGUGGUCAGCAGACAACAAGUACAUCCUGAGCGGCUCCGACGAAAUGAACAUCCGACUGUGGAAAGCCAACGCAGCUGAGAAACUAGGAGUGCUCAGCCCCAGAGAGAGGGAGGCUACCAACUACAGUCAGAAGCUGAAGGAGAAGUUCCAGCACCACCCGCAGAUCCGACGCAUCGCUCAUCACCGACACCUACCCAAGAACAUCUACCACCAGACCAAAGAGCUGAGGAUUAUGAAGGAGGCUCGCCGUAGGAAGGAGAGGAAUGUCCGCAAGCACAGCAGACCAGGAGCUGUUCCUGUGGUGUCUGAGAAGGAGAAGCAUAUUGUCACUGUGUUGAAAUAAACAGAAGACCCGGGGACUGCCAGCAGGAGAUGAGGUGGAGCCCAAUAUCACACCCAUAUGGGACUUUCACUUUCACACUGCUCUAUUUCAAGAAUAAAAAAAACGCUACAACCUGUUAAUUGGGGAAGGACUUUCACUUAACAAGUUGUGCAUCAGUCCAAGUACAAGGACACAGACUGUAAAUGCAUACGAGAACAACAAAUCUUGUAAAGCCUUUACCUUCUGCCACAAAGGAAAAGAUCAGCUAUGCUUUUUCAUUUGAUUUCAUUCUUAUGAUUCCUUUUAGUCAGGGUUUGGACUAACUUCCAGUUCAAGUGACUGAAUGUGUUUUACUUUGGACAAGUUUUCAUUUUCCAUCACAGCAUCCAAGACCUCCAUAGCAAUAUAAGGACAGAUUAAACUGAUCCAGUGUUACAGAAUGUCCCUUGACUUGGUAUCUAUUUGCAUCAUCCUUGCAACAAUUAAUGUUCCUCGUGUUUAAUUAUAUAUAGAAGUCUCUUUUAAAUGAAUAAAGUACAGAUCAAAAAUAAAAUACAGUUCAUUAUUAAAUAAAUGUUUAAAACAAACCAGCUUGUAUACGGUGUCAUCCAACCAUGUCUAAAGGCAAAAGUGGUUAUAUCUGCUCUGAGUGGCCACAUGCGAAUGCGAGUCAAAAAGCCUGUUGUCAUAACCCCCUCCUGGCUGUAUCCACGAUCACUUUCCAACACCUCUGUGUCUUUUAAUUUCAAUUCAAUGAAUUACACAAAUGGAGAUAAUGGCACACAAUGGGAUGGUUGUCAUGACGCAGUCUCUCAUUAUUAAUCAUUAAAUGAUGAUUGAUAAUGAUGUUUGUAGAAUAUUCAGCCUUAAAGAGCAAGAACAGAUAUCUUGGUUUACUAGUACAAACAGCAAGCAUUUUUUUUUUUUUUGGGAUCACUUUUUCCAUGUUUCCUCUCUGUUUUGGAAAACCUAAUUCCCUUCUUGCAAUCUGUACACAUGGGACCGACACUGUUUGCUGAUGUGUAUUUAUAAUAAACUUUUAAACUAA